AUGCGCAAAUUAAUGGCAGAACGUAAAAAUAAGGAUAAAAAGCCAACAAAAAUAAACAAUCCACUUGCAAAGUACAACAACGCUGGGCAACUAAUGUGUAUUCUGUGUUCUUCUAUAGUGCGAUCUGAAAACGUCUGGCAAGUUCAUAUCAAUAGUAAACAACAUAGAGAAAAUGUGGAGCAAGCGAAAAAGUUAAAAGAAUUGACAAAUAAUUUUACUGAAGGAAAAGUAAGAAAUAAGAGGCCUUGUGGGUCUGUUAUAGAAGCGCCACAGGAAAAAAGAUUGAAAGGCAUUCUUAAAAAUGCACAUGAAAGUCCAGUUAUACCAGUACAAGCACAUAAGAUUAAUGCUCCUACUGUAGCAUCUUAUCAUGAUGAAGAAAUUAAAAGAUCGGUUUUUCCAAUGUUACCUGCUGAUAAAGAAGGCACACAAGAAGCAGAAGUUCCAUCAGAAAAUAUAGUAAUGGAGGCAGACUCAAAAGUUCAAACAAGCAACGAUCAACCCAUACCAGAAGGUUUCUUUGAUGAUCCUAUUCUAGACGCCAAAGUUAGAAACAUUGAAUAUAAAGAUCCUGUUGAAGAAGAAUGGGAAAGGUUUCAGAAGGAAAUAAAAGAAGAAACUACAACAUCUGCCGAAAUCAUAGCUGGGGAACAAGAAGAAGCGACAGCGGAACGGCAGAUCGACGAAAUAGAUGAACAAAUCCGAAACUGGUCAAGAGUUUUAGACUUAGAGUUAAAAAAAGAAGAAACCAAGAAGAAAAAGCAAGAUGCAGAAGUUAUGAGUGAAGACGAAGAUACUGAUUCGGAAAGUAACGUCGACAUUGAUGAAUUUUUAGAUUGGCGAGCAAAAAAAUCAUAUAGUUAA